AUGCUGGAGCCAACGAGAGACGCGGAAGAGGGGGGCGGCGGCGCCCAGAGCGAGGCCGACGAGCGGGCGAGUCACGGCUCAACCGGGUCCAGCCUCAUUCAGUUGAGCAUAGGAGUUUGCGCGAUGAAAGCUAAAACCCACAGCAAGCCGAUGCGCGCGAUUUUAAGCCGACUCGAAAGGUCGCAGGAGUUCCACAUUAUCGUCUUCGAUGAACAGAUGAUUUUGGAAGAAGACAUAACCGCGUGGCCUCGCGUGGAUUGUCUGAUUUGCUUUUACUCUACGGGGUUUCCUCUGGACAAAGCCAUCGCCUACGUCAAGCGCUUUCGGCCGAUCCUGUUGAACGACCUCGAGCAGCAGAAAAUCAUUCGCGACCGGGUGCUUGUCUACAAGCAGCUGAAAAAGCAUGGCAUUCCGCAUCCGCCGUAUGUCGUCGUUGAUUACGAGCGCGUGAGCCGCGGGGAGGACCAUUUCGAGGAAGGCUACGAUUACAUUGUUUUCAACAACAAGCGACUGAACAAGCCGUUCAUUGAGAAACCCCGGGACGCCGACAACCACGACAACUGGAUCUACUACCCGAAAAACACAGGUGGCGGGUGUAAGAAGCUUUACCGCAAGCAACAGAACAGCAGCAGUUCUUACUGCCCAGAUGUCCACUCCGUCAGAAAAGACGGGACAUACAUCUACGAGGAAUUCCUCUCCACCUUCGGCACCGACGUCAAGGUGUACACGGUCGGGCCUCUUUUUGCGCAUGCAGAAGCGCGGAAAAGUCCCAGCGUCGAUGGGGUUGUCUGCCGCUCUCCGGACGGGAAGGAGGUUCGCUAUCCGGUGAUUCUCACUGAACAAGAAAAGUGGAUAGCCUACCGCCUCGUGCGCGCAUUCCAGCAAAUUAUCUGCGGGUUCGACAUUCUUCGGACUUCGAGCGGCCCAUUUGUGUGCGACGUGAACGGGUUCUCUUUCGUGAAGGGGAACGUGAAGUACUACGAGGACUGCGCAAACAUUCUUCGAUUGUUUUUUAUCAAGAAAAGCAUCGAGCGAUGGAGCGCGUUUGGAUUGCCGCCCCACGUGUCUACGCCCCUCACGGACGCGUCGCCCUCCGCAUGCGCGAGCCACGUGGCCGCGUCUGCCUCAGGGCCAGACGCGGGGGAUGGGCACGCCGCUCUUCCUCCCUCUGCUUCAGCGGACGACUCCGCGGAGGCGCGUCGGAAGAACGAGACGCACCUCGUCUCCUCGCCGUCGCCCCCUCUUCACCUAGUGUUGCAGCAGCUGCUGCGGGCGCGAAACGAGUACCGUGCGCAGCGGCAGCUCAGCCGCGAAGAAGAAAAGCGGCGCGACAGCCAGGCCGUCGCCGCGCCGAGCUGCGUCGACGAGUCCCGUUCUCGCCCAGACGCCUCUCCGUCCGAAGCGACCGUCGCGGCCUUGGCCUCGGGGAGGCAGGGCGAGGACGCUUGCAGGCCUGGCGCCGAGGGGGACAACGGCGCUUUGCGAUCCCGUUGUGCAGUUGUGGCUCAGCCGUGGGCCUCGCAGGCGUCCACCAGAAAGGCAGCGCCGGAGAGCGACGGACCGGGAGGAGCUGCAACAGGCGCGAGUCUCUGCUUGUCUAGCCUGCCUGCGCACGGGACGCGCGUGCAUGCGCCGGCUUUCCGCCGGGGCGAAGGCCGAGAGGAGACGCUCGCGCGCGAACUCGAGGGGGACUCGCGGCGCGGCACCGGCGAAGACUCCCCGCAGGACGGCGCGCUCUCGCCUUCGUUCUCGUCCUUCUCGGUCUCCCACGCGCCUCUCGCGAGAGACCACGACGGAGACAGAGCAGGCACGAUGAGUCCGUACACGACUGCAGGCGAGGCGAGCGGCGACGACGACGAAGAGCUGCGAACGGUGGUGGUGGUGAUGCGCCAUGGCGAUCGAAAACCCAAGCAGAAGCUAAAGUUCAAGACGGACCAGGAGCUGAUUCUCGAGUUGUUCGACGAGGAGCCGAACCGACGGAAAGAAAUCAAACUCAAGAGCCCGGAAGAACUCCGCGACCUCCUGGAGAGAAACACCGAAAUCCUCACCUUUCUCGGGAAGAAAAUGUUGUCUUUGGUGGCGGAAAAGAAGAGCCUCGACGAGCAGAAGGUUGCUUUGGAAGCUCGUGGGGCUUCGCCCUCGACGUCUCCCUCAGUGCCCCCCCCUCGUGACCCGGAGGCGUCCUCUGAAGCGUCGCCCGAGGCCUCUGAGCCGGUCUCUGCAGCGGACACAGGGACAGACGAGGGCCGAGCCCGCGAAGCGCAGGAGAUCCAGGCGGCGAUUGAAAAGAAAGAGACAGCAAUUGCCAAGCUCCAGAAGGAGUUGUCGGUACACAAACAGCUUCAGAAAGUCUUGUUGCAGGGCGACGGCUUCGCCGGCAUCAACCGGAAAAUCCAGCUCAAACCGAUAGAGUGGGAAGAGGCGGGAUCUCCGCGCUUUGCGGCAGCUCUUCCGUCACCUUCAGCGCCCUCGUCGUCGUCUGCGUCGACAGCGAGCUCAGGCGCCGCCUCCGCGUCUGCUUCGUCGUUGACUUCCGCUUCCUUGUCGCUCUCUCCAUGUCCUGCUGAGGAGCGCCCUGCGGCAAGCAGCCGAACCCUCGAGGCGCCGCUGGGCAUGGCGAAGGCAGAAGGCGACAAGACAAACACCCAGCGAGGUACUUCCUGUCCCUCUCCAGUUGAGGCGACUACAUCCUCGUCCUCGCCCCCCUCGCCCCCUGUCUCCGCCGCUUCGGUCUCGGCUGCCGGAAGUGGCUCGGGCGCCACGGGGCGCGUGGCGCGCUGCGUCGUCGUUGCCAAGUGGGGUGGUGAGCUCACAGGAAUCGGCAGAAAACAGGCUGAAGACCUCGGGAAAAAAUUCCGAUACAAACUCUACCCAGGAGACAGUGCGGGGCUCCUCCGACUGCAUUCCACCUUUCGCCACGACUUCAAAAUCUACACCAGCGAUGAGGGAAGGUGUCAAGUCACCUCUGCAGCGUUCACGAAAGGCUUCCUGGACCUCGAGGGCGAGCUGACGCCGAUUCUCGUCGCCCUCGUGAUUCGGAACAACAAGGCGCACUCGCUGCUAGACGACACAGUGCAACUGCCUGAGAGAAAGGAAUGCAAAGAAGUGCUCGACGCACUGCUGAACCUCAACGUGUCUUUCCGGGAUGCGUCGGACGACCAGCUGGCUCUCGUGGACGCGCUCUUCCGCUACCCGCUGCAGCCGGUCCAGCUUGCCUGUCUGAAGGCGAUCGACAAUCCGUGGCAGGCCAUGCAGAAGGCCUACAGCAGUCUUCAGAGUUUCACUGCGGCUCUCGACGCCCCGGCAGCCUCGGAGACAAGCGGGGGAAAUGGCGGAGAAAAGAGUGACGCGCUGCCUGCCCUGCCUGGCGCUGUGACGACUGGCUCGAGCGGAAAAGAGAAGUCUGUAGACCAUCCCUUCGCACACAAAACCGCCAAUAUCAAGCAGAGAUGGACGACGCUCUUGAAAGACUGGUUCGACCCUCGAACGGAACUGUUUGACACCUCCAAGAUCGCAGAUGUGAUGGACAUGCUCCGCUACGAGCUGAUUCACCACCACAGCAUCAUGAAGCCGCGAGCCUUCGCCUUGGCGGUCGAAUCGCACAACACCAUGCUGCCCAUCCACGCCUUUUCAGGCCCCGCGGAAAGCGGCAUCACAGAUGCGCAGAAGCUCCGGAUCGGCACGCAGAUUGUAGGAAAACUCCUGAAGAAAAUCGUCCGAGACCUAACCUUCUUCAGAAGCGUCGACCAGCCGCGGUUGCCGAUGGAGGGUCCCUCGACGAAUUCGACUUUCACCGACUGGGGACUGAGCAUGUCCGCCGCAGCGGCCGCGGCUCGCUGCGCGCCUCCGCCGGGCGUCUCGCCGUCGCCCUCUCCGCUACCGGCUGCUACGGCGCCCCCAGACACCCGCAGGCUCUCGCCAGUCGGCGGCGAGAGCUUGCCGCAGUCCCACCUUCAGGCUGCCUCGCCGCCUGCGGCCGCCACAGGCCCCGGAGCGCCUGGGGAGAAAAACGUCUCUUCUGUGGGGAAUGCAUCUGUGGCGUCUCUCUCGGUGUCUUCUUCGCCUUCCUCGUUCACGCCCUCCCGGCUCGGUGGCGGCGGCUUGGGCGCACGCGUCCUGCCGACCGCAGCGCCCUGCGAGAAAACGCCCAGCCGCUUUGUCUCCCUCACAGACGCGCCCACGACCUUCGGCGCCUCGGCUGUCUCGCCCAGAGAGAGAGACAGCCGAGGCUCCGACGGCCGCGAUAAACGCGAGGGGCGAGACCCCGGGGGUGCGUCGCGCGACCAGAACGAGCCUCCUGCUUCCGGAGGCGCCUCUUCGCCAGGCCUCCUCUCUGCCGCGUUCGACCGGCUGCGGGAGCGAUCGGUGGCAACGACACCGCCGCGUACUCAGCGGAGGCAGCGCCGCGCAGGCGCGUCGGGUGAGGCUGUCGGCGCGCCUGCGUGGUCGAGCGAUCGCGACGAGGAAAGCGUUGAAGGUUUCCAAACGGCCUCUGCUGGGAGCCCUGCUCGGCCCUCAGUCGCGACGCCCUCAGAUUCCGCCGACUCGGGUCCCACCUCGUCCUGCGCGGCGUCUCCGUCCUACUCGUCCCCGUCGGCUUCCUACGCGUCUUCUGCUCAGCCGGUUUCCGUUGCGAUUCAGAGUGCGUCGCCGUACGCUCCCGCAGCUCACGAGUCACCCUUCUCGCCACUCAGCUCGGAGUCUCUGCCCCUCCGGUCAGCCGUCUCGGGGUCUCCGGGGCCUCAAGAGUAUUGCCGCGAGGGCGCGCCCCGCGGCUCGCCCAGACGGCGCACGGGUUCCGACGCCGAACGGCCCCAGCUGGUGUUGAAAAACAUGUUUGACGAAGAACGCUACCUCCACCCUCUCUCGAACGACCUUUUCCUCAAAAACGAAGGCGCGCGAACGGUCAUGGAAGUCGCUGACGCUGUGACAGCCGCUGCGGCGGACGCGGCCGCGGAGGCGGCGCCGACCGCCAGCGCCUCGUUCAGGGAGUUGGUCAACGCCAUGUAUGAAGACGAUGGAGAAGCCUCCUCUCCGCGUGCGGGGACGGCGCACGGCCAGGCGACAUUCCCGUCUCCAGCUUCGACGUCUCCAGCAGUCGCGGCUUCGUCUGUCCCUCCCGCUUCGUCCCCCUGUGACGCGCAAACUUUCGCGAGCGGCGUCGAGCACCUCGCGUCGCCCUCGUCCUCUUCGUCGACCGCGUCUUCGCCUCUUCCUGCUUCUCCACACACUUCGCUCGCUUCCGCUUCGAGACCGACCGACACGCCUCCCGCUGCCUCCCUGGCUGCAUCUGGGGUCGCGCCGCCUCCCGGGCCGAACCUCCUCGCCGGGCGUUUGUCCCGGAGCGCAAGCACCGCGUGCUGCUACUCGUUUUUUUCCUCCUCGUUCGCGGCCUCCAGCGGGCGCACGGCCACGCAGAAGGGCACGAGCAGCACGCGCGGCAGCAGCACGGGGAGUGCUGCGGGGAACUCGCGGCUUCACGGCGCGGGACCGACUGCGCGAGGCCGGACGCAAAAGACGCCGUUCGGGCCCAGCUCCAGCUCGAGUCGCGCGAGCAGCACGCGCCCGGCGUCGGCCACAGGGUGCGCGCGGCCUUCGGGCACCGCAAAGAAACGCGCCUUGGCCAGCGGGGCAGAGUGUGGGCGUCGCGGCGACGAGGGGCUCGACCUCGGCGAUCGCGUGGGGAAGAGCGGCGAGGAGAAGCUUCCGCUGCAUGUGGCGUUGGGCAGCGAGUCGCCGAAAAACGGCGCGCUUGGGAAAACGUCGGAGCGGAUGACCCCGCGGAACGGCGGAAGCAACGGCGCGAGUGCGAAGGCGAGUUGGUCUGCGAACGCGAUCGGCAGCGAGGAAGAGAAGCGCAGCGGGCGCGAAAUCUCUGAGUUGCUGGCCUCCCGAUUCGGCCGCGCGCUGCCUGGGCUCGCGGGAGACGCAGACCGGACGCUCGGCGUGAACUCCGAGAAGGUCGUGAUCAACUCCGACGAGUUGUGGGCGCACCAGAAGAAGUCGAAGAAGCCCGAGAAGCGCGACGAAAAGAACCAAAUCCUCAACAUCCUCCAGGCGACCUCCUCGGCCCUGCCGGUCGCCCCUCGAACCAGCUCAGACCUUUUCCUGGCCGAAAGCGGCCCAGCGAGCGGCCGCGAGUCGCGGAGCGGCAGCCGCGGCGGGCAGCGCGGGGCGAGUUCAGGGCACUCCAGCGGGCGCGAGAAAGAAGAGCGCGACGGCGACGACGAGAGGCGGGAGAGAAAACCGAGGCCGGAGGACAGAGUCGAGAGGCCGCCCACCGAGGAGCUCGACGUGGCAGCCAAGGGGGACAGAAAAAGCGGGGCAGACGCAGGCCCGCAGGCAACGGAGACGCCGACCAGCGGCGGGCUGGGGGCCGACUCGGAUGGAGGCGAAGGAGCCGCCCGCGGCGACAAGACGCGAGAGCGCGAGGCAGGCGACGGCGAGGGCGUCGUUGGUGAAAGUCGAGCAGGACUGGGAGGGGCCGGAAAAGACAGUGAGGGCGACUCGGAGGCGCGAAGCGGGCAAGCGGCCGCAAAGGGGGGGAAGGAAGAAGGCGCUGGACAGCCACACAGCGAUGAAGAACAGGGAGCAGACGAUGAAGAUGACCACGAGGAACACGAGGACGACGACCCACAUGAGCACGAGGUCACAGCGCAGAUUCGGCUGAAGGAGGAGGAGGCUCGCAUGUUCGGCAUCCGGUCCCCGUGGCGGAUCGUGCGGAGUCGGUACUACGUGACCAGUGCAAGUCACGUCCAGGCGCUGCUCAACAUUCUCCUCUUCAGCUACAAGGUCGUUUGCGUACAAAACCACUUGUGCCCGACAUGCGCCGCGACCGCUCGCGCCGACGAGGCGAAAAAGAAGGCUCGCACGGAGAAGGAGACGCCGAAGGAGAAGGCGUCCGGAACCAGGGAGGACGAAGGCCGGAAACGCGACGACCCAGACGGCAACGGGAAGAAGGGACAACCGGGCGACGGAGACAAACUCGAGGUGAAGAAAGAAGGAAAGACCGAGACCGACUCGCCCAGGAAAUCCAUCUGCCCAACCUGCUCGACCCCGCUCCUCGACAUCGGCACAGACCACGAGGCUCUCGGGACGUGCGACUUGCACUACUUGUCUCACAUUGUGUUUCGCGUCUGGGAGCGGAAGCGCGAUCGAGGCCCACGAGGCACGAACUCGCCUCAGCACUAUGCCUAUUCGCCGGCGUCGGCUUUCCCGUCCUCGCCGGUGGGCACCUCUUGCUCCUCUCCUGUCUUCUCGUCGCAAGCGAAGCCUGGGGCGGAGGACCAAAAGUCGCCCUUCAGUGCCUCGCCACCCGCCCCAGCGUCGCCUUAUCGCCUUGAGAUCAGCUUCAGCACUGGCGCGAAAGACGGGUUUGGCCGAACGUUCGUCCUCAUCGAGCGCGAGGCGCAAGCACACCAACAACGCGGGCUCCUCGGCGUCGGGAUGCGGACUCCAGCCGAGAAAGAGGGGCGGCCCGAUUCCACCCAGAACGGCGCCGAGACGAAGGAGCCUUCCGCUCCGGCAGCAGCAGUCUCGGAGGUCGCGGGCCUCGCCGCGAAGCUUGCUGAGGCGAACGCAGAGCCUUCGGGCGUGGCCGCGUUCGAGGGCAGAGGCGAGGCAGGCGAUUCGCGGGGCCACGUAGCGACAGAAAGGAAGGGGAGCGGAGCUGCGCCAAGCGAGGCCGAGCUUCGAUGCGAGGGGUCGACAGGCAGUAACUCUGGUGCCGGCAGGAAACCUGCGUUUCCUUCACCGGGUGCGUCGUCUUCUGUGAAGGCGCUGUUGAAACGGGGUCUGCAUGAGGAGGAAGAAGAAGAGUACCCCGGCCUCCAGCAGCAGGAAUUCUGCUACUACGCCCACGCGCCGAUCUCUGCGUACGCGGCCAGUACCGGCUUGGAGGCGUCGGGGAAAGUGUCGUCUUCUGCUUCUGUGCCGGCGUGUGAGUGCGUGUGUUGCGUGGACAGACAGCCGCGGGGACAGGGAACGCGAGAGAGAAGUGGUGAAACCGCGAGCCUCGCCGCCACGGCUCAAGAGCACGGGGCGAGGUCUCGGCCCGUCGCCUGCCCGGGGUGUCCGUGCUGCUUGCCUGCAAAGACCGUGCACUCAGGAGACUCUCAACAGGACGAGGAAGCGCGAAGUCGAGGCCUGUCGGCUGAGGAACCCCUCACGGUCGCGAGGCUGCUUUCGGGCGCGGCAAGGAGCCUCGGAGCCCGCGGAGGGGACGGGCGCCGAGACGGAGACGGUAGCACGGGAGGCUUUCAGGGCGAGAAAUCAGACGACUCAGCAAAGGAAGGAAAAGAGUCUCGUGAUGAAGGCCCUACGCAGGGCCGAAUCGCGGAAACAGGAACCCCCAUCAUGGGCGCCGUUGUCCCGCCCUACUGCGAGCUAGCGCCUCUCGUGUCCCUUUCACAAAGUUGCGUCUUGGAGAGAUUCGAAGCACUAAUGAACAAGGUCUUGAGCCUGUACGGUUCCCGAACACCGGCGAAAGCUGUGAAAGACCGCAGCAAUCAAAGCUCCACCGCCGCAGGUGCUGGCGACAGCUUUUCCUCAUCCCCUUCCUCUUCCUCCUCUUCGUCUUCCUCGUCAUCUUCGUCCUCGUCUUCUUCCUCCUCUUCAUCUUCCUCCUCUUGUCUAGCGCACGCAGCUCCCGCUGUGUCAUCUCCGCUGGCCUCAGCUGCGGGCUCGCCACGGGCCACAGCCCUGUGA